ACAAAAAGAAACCUAAGACCCACAAGGGUUUGACAUUUUUGUUAUGUCAUUUUUCUUUGACUUGAUCCAUAUGCAAGAAAAAUCAGCACGGUGCAAAUGCCGUGUCUAUGAUGAUCACCGCAAUACAUAGCCACACCAUAAAAUCCCGCCAUCCCACAUAGGCCUUCUACUUCUCCUUCCUUCCUACUCUUUCUUUAAACGACUUUACUUCUUCUGUACAUGGCUGGGAAGCUAAUGCAUGCCGUUCAAUAUGAUAGUUAUGGGGGAGGAGCUGCUGGCCUAAAGCAUGUGGAAGUUCCAGUCCCUGCUCCAAAGAAAGAUGAGGUAUUGCUGAAGUUAGAAGGGAUUAGUGUAAAUCCAUUUGAUUGGAAAAUUCAAAAGGGUGUGUCUCGGCCUCUUUUGCCUCGCAGAUUCCCUCACAUUCCAGCUACUGAUGUAGCAGGAGAGGUUUUAGAGGUUGGAGCAGGAGUCAAAAAUUUCAAAACUGGUGAUAAAGUUGUUGCUUAUCUUACCCAUGCUAGUGGAGGUGGACUAGCAGAGUUUGCUUUAGCUAAGGAGAGCUUGACAGUUGCAAGGCCGUCUGAAAUUUCUGCAGCUGAAGCGGCAGGCUUGCCAGUUGCUGGUCUUACAGCUCAUGAGGCUCUCACUCAGCCUGCUGGGAUCAAGCUUGAUGGGAGUGGCAAGCAGGCAAACAUUCUGAUAACUGCUGCCUCAGGUGGUGUAGGUCACUAUGCAGUUCAGCUAGCAAAGCUUGGAAACACACACGUCACAGCCACUUGCGGAGCUCGUAACAUCGAGUUUGUGAAGAGUUUAGGAGCUAAUGAGGUUCUUGAUUACAAGACUCCAGAAGGGGCAGCUCUGAAGAGCCCAUCUGGUAGGAAGUAUGAUGCAGUGAUCCACUGUGCCACUGGGAUUCCUUGGAGUACAUUUGAGCCUAAUUUGAGUGAAAAUGGCAAGGUUAUAGAUCUCACUCCUGGUGUUAGUGCCAUAAUGACUUAUGCUCUCAAGAAACUUACCUUCUCCAAGAAGCAGCUGGUGCCAUUGAUUGCUACUCCCAAGGGUGAAAACCUGGAUUAUCUUAUUAAAUUGGUGAAGGAAGGGAAGCUUAAGACAGUAAUUGACUCGAAGCAUCCCUUAAGCAAGGCUGAAGAUGCUUGGGCUAAGAGUGUUGAUAGCCAUGCUGCUGGCAAGAUUAUUGUGGAGCCUUAAAUACAUAUGUGAUCUUUUUUAAUUGUUAUGACGUUAACAAUUUUGUUGCUGUGGUGUAUUGGCCAGUAGAUUCAAAGACAUUGGAUUUCAGUUUUGAGAGUUAAUAAAUAUAUAAAUUUUUAAUUGAA